UUACAGGGCUUCCCACCUGAGUGUAAUCCACAGUCGCAGUCCUUGUUUGAAAGCAUCACGUCUUUACUGAGGUACCAGUUUUCCUGGAGCUACAGACACGACCCAUGCAAGAAAUACUAUCACGCCCUGCUGGUGGAUCCUCUUUGGGAGGUCACUCCUUUGAUGGUCAGUUUCUUC